AUGAAGGAUGCGAACGGAGUAGUCUUGACAGAUGAAAAUGACAUCAAGGAGAGAUGGAGAAUAUACUUCGAACAGCUGAUGAACGUGGAAAAUUACAGAAUUGACAGAGUGAUAGAAGCAAGACCCGAACAGGUGAUAGAUGUGAUAACAGCUGAGGAGGUGGAAAGAGCAUUGAGGAAAAUGAAGAAGGGCAAGGCAACAGGCCUGGAUGACAUCCCAGUGGAGGCAUGGAAGGUCUUAGGAAGGACAGGUGUCAUCAUACUGCUGGAAAUCUUCACGAUAAUGGAAACUGAGAAAAUACCUGACGAGUGGAGAGAGAGCACGCUAAUACCUAUCUUUAAGAAUAAAGGAGACAUCCAGGACUGUGGAAAUUACAGAGGAAUCAAGCUGAUGGCACACACGCUGAAAAUGUGGGAGAGUUAUAGAGAAGAGAUUGAGAGAGAAGGUGGAUAUAUCAGAGCAGCAGUUCGGCUUUAUGCCAGGCCGGUCCACAACAGAUGCGAUAUUUGCCCAGAGACAGCUGAUGGAGAAAUAAAGAGAAGGCCAGAAGGGGUUGCACAGCGUAUUCAUAGACUUAGAGAAAGCAUAUGA